AUGCAAGCCUGGCCGGCCUUAGCGGACUUGCUGGCGAGAUGCAUAGACGCACUAGAGCAGCUAGCCGCUGACAACCUUAACUUCUUAGCCGCGUGCCGGGUAGCUUUUGCCGGCUUCCUUAGGCUUAGCGAGUUUACCUAUAAAAAGAAAGAUCUUAUUAAUAAGAGGACCUUUAUUAAUACCAGGCUUACCCGCAGCAACGUCUGUAUAGCGGCCGACUACGCUAUGCUCCGCCUUAGCCGCAGUAAAACUAAUAUAGCCCACAAGGGCGUGCAGAUUCUUCUAUCACGCAUAAGCGACAACGCCUGCCCGGUACGAGCGCUCAAGAGGCUCCUUAGUAGGUCGCCCUUCAACCGCACAAUAUUCCUGCGCCGACUCUUAUUGCAGCUUACGCAGCUUGGCGUUAACCUAGAGGGCUACUUAGGCUAUAGCGCCCUUAAUAGCCAGGUGCAGACGCUUGGCCGCUGGACGUCAGACGCCUUCAGGCUCUACUUUACAACCAACCCAACUAUCCUACUCCGGCUCAACCACCAGUUCCUUACCGGAACCCCCCUUCCUUAUACCACCCCUUUUUAGCUCCACGGGUUUGGGCACUUGUUUGGGAGGUCUCCUUCGG